UACAGAGCUGCCUUUUAAUCAAAAAUAUUUCUUCAUUUAUCACUGUGCCUAACGCAGCGCUAACACGGUUUUCCGGACCAGGAAAUAUGAAAAACCAGGAACAGGAUUCUGUUUUCUAGGAGCACAUCUCGCAAAUCCAAAUUCAUCCCAUGAGCAUGGCGGCAGAAUAAAAUUUUGUACACACUCAACAGGUGACUUAAAAUUUAAAACUGGGUAACUGCUAGCAUAAGGCACUUAAAACUAAAAUUGUGCCGUGAAAAGGUGACAGGUACAAAAAACUGUUUCUCUGCCCACUGGAACUAGGUUCCCGGAAAAGUGCGCAACAGCCUGGGGCCGAGAACUGAAACUCGGCCUUCUCCACCUUCGCCUCGCUCGCGCUUUCCCGAGACUCAACACUGGUGGCCAGGACGGCGACUCCAGAGCGAGGGCAAUACUUGUCGCAAGCGGUAGGACUUAGGUCAGGCAAUUUGCCCUGCACUCGUCGGUCGCUCCCACCCCUCCCUUCCUCAAGGCCGAGGGCAGGGAUGUCCUCCUCCCCCUUCUCCUCCUCUUUGGAGCCUCCAGCCAGGAGGCGGGAGUGACCCACAGCAGCUGACCCAGUCCGGCACUGCCUCUCCCACAGCCCUCAAGACACACCAUGGGCCCAGAGGCGGGUUUGCUACACAGCAGCGACGACGCAGGCGGCGGCCUCGGCGACUCUCAACUGCCUCCCUGACCACCGUGACCACCGCCCAACACCCCCAAGAAGCCAUCGUCGCCGCCAGCAGGAGAACCUAGGGGCCACAAAACCACCUUCACGAUCGACUCAAGCUACGUCAACAACAAUGGCGGGCGAGGGACGGCGGGCAGAGCCGGUGUGGGAAGGAUGGAGUGUCUACGUCACGCCCAGGGCCCCCCUCCGAGAGGGCAGGCGCCGGCUCGCCCCUCAAAAUGGCGGCGGCAGUGGCGCGCCUGCGUACGGAACUCCGUCGCGCCAGGGCCGGCGGGAAGUGAGGUUUUCAGAGGAGCCGCCAGAAGUGUACGGCGACUUCGAGCCCCGGGUGACCAAAGAAAGGUCCCCGGGGCGGAAACAAACCCCGCUAGAAGCGUUCCGGCCCGAUGGUGCGAAAGAGGAAGUGAGAGAAAGCGCCUACUCCCUGCGCUCUAGGCAGCGGAGGCAGCCGCGACCCCAAGAAGCCGACCAGAUGAACACUCGAAGGGCUGCCCGGCUGCGGCAGCAGCACUCACAGGAGCCUCCGCUACAGUCUUCUCCGGUUACGACAAGGAAAGGGUUGCGGGACUCUCAUUCCUCUGAAGAGGAUGAACCAUCUUCACAAACUGUUUUAAACCAAACAGUCUCACAGAAAACUGACAGAAGAACGCAAGAGAAUCCAGUGGUGAAAGAAGAUCUUGUAAUCAGCCUAUGUAGACCCCCUCUAAGAAGCCCAAGAUCCGAUUCGUCUUACAAAACAAAUGGAAAUACUAAAAUGAGUGAAUUAGAAGCCACCAAUAUCCAACAGGUCGAUUUCUCUGAAGGAGUGGAAACUGGAGAAGAUGAUCAAGACACCUCUGACAGUGAUGUCACUACUGUUAAUGUCAAAUCCAUGGAUUCCGAUGAGUCUGGAGAUCAAAUCAGUAGGUCAUCUAGUCAAUAUCAAGAGUCAUUUUGGCAGUCAUCACAAAGUCAAGACUUCACAGCCUAUAAUAGGCGAGCUACAGCACUGAGCUCAGGAUAUCAAAAAAACUUUGAAGAAUGGGUUAAACAAACUGCAGGAAUAAGGACUAGGAAUCAAACAUCUUCACCAGGCAAGAGUUCAAUAUAUGACAGUUUUUCAGAUGAUGACAGCAAUCAGAAAUCAGAGUUUAGAAACCAGUCUCCAUCAACCUUUACCCAACAAUUGACUAGACAACCCAAAAAUGCUUCUUUUGCCAAGAUGAAGUUGUGGUGGCCAUUUUUCAUAAUAGCUCCUCUUGCCUUGGGGAGUUUUUGGUUCUUCUAUACUCCUGAAGUAGAAACCACUGCUGCUGUUCAGGAGUUCCAGAACCAGAUGAACCAACUUAGGAGUAAGUACCAAGGUCAAGAUGAGAAGCUAUGGAAAAGGAGCCUAACAUUACUGGAAAAACAUCUUAAUAGCUCCCAUCCUCGGCCUCAGCCUGCUGUCUUGCUGCUCACUGCUGCCCGAGAUGCUGAAGAGGCACUUAAAUGUCUGAGUGAACAGAUUGCUGAUGCUUAUUCUUCCUUCCGGAGUGUCCGUGCCAUCCGGAUUGAUGGGGCAGGCAAAGCUGCUCAAGACAGUGAUACUGUCAAACUAGAGGUAGACCAGGAACUGAGCAAUGGAUUCAAAAAUGGCCAGAAUGCAGCCGUGGUACACCGCUUCGAGUCACUGCCCGCAGGCUCUACUCUGAUCUUCUAUAAAUAUUGUGACCACGAAAAUGCAGCCUUCAAAGAUGUAGCCUUAGUCCUCACUGUUUUACUGGAGGAAGAGACACUUGGAACCAGUCUUGGCCUAAAGGAAAUUGAAGAAAAAGUGAGAGAUUUCCUCAAAGUCAAGUUCACCAAUUCUAAUACACCUAAUUCCUACAAUCAUAUGGACCCAGACAAACUGAAUGGGCUCUGGAGUCGUAUUUCUCACUUAGUCCUACCUGUACAACCUGAAAAUGCCCUGAAAAGAGGCAUCUGCUUAUAAGGUGUGAGAAAAAAAAUCAUGUCUCAAGUUCUGAGAAUUUUUCGGACUUUCUAACCAGAGAUAGGAUUCAGAGCUCUUUUUUAAAAGAACUAGUUUCUUUUUAAAGGGAAUUGGGUUCUUUAAACAUGGAACAUCUAAGUCAUUUAUUCAACCUAAUUGUCUAUUACAUGAGAGAAUUGUUAUGUUAAGGGUAUCUUGGGAGUGUAAAUUCUAUGCAGUUCCAUAGAUAAUAAUUUUGAUUCUGGGCUGAAUCAUUAUCGCUAUAUUAUAACCAGUAAGAGGGAUUUAGGCUCCUUUCUUGUGAACCUUCCCAACUUUUUAACUUAGAUUUCUCACAAAGUUUGUUGUAUUAUUAAGAUAGCUUCCUAAAUAUAACUGUGGAUUUUCCCAUUAUGUUCCCUUUUACACCUUAGUUGGUGAGUUCCUUAGUCAGCUUCCACUUAACAAAUGUAAUGAAAGGUCAUGUAGAGGUAUGUGGACUUUUCUUUUGUUGUUGGAGGGCAGAGAAAAAGAAGCAAGGGAAAAGAAAGAAAUUGUGUAAUUAGGAAGGUAAGAGGAAGAAAAAAGUCUGCAAGAUGAAAUGUUACAGUAAGGCACUGAGAUGUAGGUUAGUAUUUUUUUUUUCUUUGAAGAAAUUCUUGGUCCUUGCAAAGAUUUUUAAAGCAUGUUAAUAUAUUUGUUUGCUUGAAUCUUAAGGAAGGUAAAUUGAGACAGUUUAUUUUGGAUAUAUCUUGAAGCUUUUGUUUUAAAUUAAGAAAUACAGUUUCAGGAAUUGGUAAACUAUCUGUUAUCUAGCUAUCCUGGGCUUUUGAAGAAGAUUUCAUUUUCUAGUUAUCUACUUGUUGAGUCUAAAUCCUUUAACAACACUCCAUAACAGACAUUUUUAUAUGUAUAUAAAUCUUUAGAUUUAUUUACUAUGCUCAGUGAUCAAUGUUAUUGAGUGCCUCAAGCCAAGAUAGUGAACUUUACCACAUAUGAAGAAUGAUAAAUGUAUUUCUAUAUUACCAUGUAUUUUAGUUGUGAGCCUUCUCAUCUGUCAACUGCUUUAGUUUUCUUAAAAUCUUCUUUUCUAGAGUCUCCUUUUUUUUAUUAUUUUCCAUAAACCUUUAAAUGAAAAUAUUGUUUUUAGAAUCAGUCGUUAACUUCAUGAUUUACCCUUUGAGGGUCCCACAUCUGGUAAUGGGAGUGGUCUAAUUUCUUACCACUGGGACUCAUAAAUUUAUACCCCUCAUUGUAAUUUGUUCCUGACUACAAAGAAGUCAGAUUAUAUUAUUUUAUGGAGGAUUAUAAAACAGUUUUUGAAGAAGCUUAUUUUAUACCUACAUGUUAUAUAGCAAAAUAAAUGGUUUUAUUAAAUAUUUCAGUGACCCAAGUAAUUUAAAAGUAAUAAAUAUGUCACAUAUCUUUCAGGAAAAAUAAUUGUAGCAGCUGAUCUGUAAAUGACUUUAAAAACUAUUUUAGUAGUUUAAAUAAAUUUACUUUCUUGGUUUGUA